AUGGCCUCUUCGUCAGAUAAGCACAGCACCUUGCAGUUCCUAUGGGCCGCAGCGAUCGUCACCUUCCUUAUUGGCGUGGCUCCAACGGCCCGCAGGCGGCUUCGUCAAACCGUUGUUGAGGAGACUGUCUCCCUUGCAACACCCACCCAGGCAAGCCCCCUCGGCUGGUGGAUGGCGCUGCGCCAGCAAACAGUUGCUGCAGAUUCCACACGUGAAGUCAGCAGCGAGUAUGUCUCCCGACUACCCCUGAUGCAGCAGGCUCUCUGCGAGCGUUUUUCGCUCAUUUGCCUCGACAGCAGCAACAUCAGCAACAUCAAAGGUGCUGCCGCGGAAGGCGGAUUGAGGGACAGGGUUAUGGGGCUUGGGCUAAGGGAAAUGACGGACUUCGCCCUCGCAGCGCCCUUCCUGCUGACCUCGAAGUGGAGUGCCUUCACAGAGAUGGUACUGCAGUUGGGGAUCGUAAAGGACAGGUACCUCGUGAGAUUUGCUGCACUUCAGGAACGAUUAGCCCCCUUCCUCACCACACCAAACUCUGCAGCAGCAGAACCAGCAGCGUCCACACGAAACCAAGUGUCACAGCCUCCCCCACAGGUGGGCCUUACUCGAAGUGUCGGCAGACAAUUGAGCAGAAGGGGGAGGAAGCAGACGAUGCACGAAGCAGCAGGGAAUCCACCACUGCCCCCGCCGCGGGAGUACUCAGGAUUGACAGCAAGAGCAGCAGACGCAGCAGCUGCAACAGCCGCCGCCGCAGCAGCUGAAGGGACUGCCGAUGGCAUCGACAUGGAGUUCGUCAGGCUCAGGUGGGCAGAACUGCAGGAGCUAGCUGAGGAAGAGCGCCAGCUUGCCUCCACGUAUCUGGCCCUGGCAGCCGAGCAGAAUCUGUUUAACUCCAUUCCCGACGACUGUCUGUGGGAGGCACUGCUGCAGCAAGUGGUCAUUAAGGCAACAGCAGCAGCUGCGGCAGCGAAGAGCGGAUUGACAGCAACGUUUCCGGAUCUCUACCACGAAGGAACAGAAGGAUACCAAGCUGCAUUUGCAGCACUUGCUGCUGCUGACGACCGCAUUCGGUUGCUUUUGCUGCAGCAGCAAGACACUUACGCAGGCAGUCAGCCGGUAUUGUUUUUCGUAAGAGGGAUCCUUCUCUCUGUUUGCGAGCCUGGGGAGUGCAGCGGAGAUCUGUAA